AAUUGCAGAAGGAACUCGUUUUGCCGCACUCUACCGACAGAGAAAGUGUGUACAUCGCGCACAUAUCUUCCUAGACUACACUCAGCUGACCUUCCUACAAUACCUUUUACGCAUGAUUUAUUAUGGAUCAUCUCAAUAACAAUGAAACUUUAGUACUGGUGACGGGUGCAUCGGGUUAUAUAGCUUCACACUGUGUCAAAUUGCUUCUAAGCGAAGGUUAUCGAGUUCGAGGAACUGUCCGAAACCUGAAGAAUGAGAAAAAGGUGGGACCAGUUCGACAGUUACAGAAAGAUGACCGUUUGGAAUUAGUGGAAGCAGAUCUGUUGCGACCAGACGGAUGGGCAAGUGUUGUCUCCGGUUGCCAAUACAUUCUACAUGUCGCAUCCCCCUUUCCUCUUGUGGCCGAUGCUACCUGUAUCGAUAUCGCUGUCAACGGGACUUUAAACGUCCUUCGAGCUGCUUCAAAGGAACCAUCUGUGAAGAAGGUUGUACUUACUAGCAGUUGUGCGGCUAUCAAUGAAGGACAUCCUCAAAACAAAGCCUUCGAUGAAACCUCAUGGACCGAUGUAACCAGCCCUACUGUGGAUUUCUACGCAAAAAGCAAGACAUUGGCAGAAAAAGCUGCUUGGAACUUUGUGGAAGGUAUAAAGGAAGGUAACAAGUUCGCUUUGACAUGCCUGAAUCCAACUAUGGUCGUCGGUCCCCUGCUAAUUAAUGAGGAGGGAGCAAGCGUUACGCUCAUUCGACGUUUCUUGAACACUGAAAUGCCAGCUGUUCCUCAGCUGAACCUUGGCUUCGUAGACAUCUUCGACGUUGCUAAAGCACAUGUUGAAGCCAUGCGACGCCCAGAAACUGAUGGUGAACGUAUCUUGAUCACUAGCCAGCCUUCAUUCUGGUUCAAAGAUGUUGCACGAAUCCUUGGGAGAGAAUUUAGACGUCAAGGAUUUUGGGUUCCGCGAUAUGAAGCUCCCUACUGGUUUGUAUGGCUGUACUCGUUUUUCGACAAAGAAGCAGCGGCAUGUCUAAAUCGUAUUGGACAUACGAUACGUUUCGAUAACUCAAAGGCAACGCGUCUUCUCGGCAUUGAAUUCCGUGAUCCUGCCGAGUCCCUAAUUGAGAUGGGCUACUCACUUAUUGAAAGAGGAAUUGUCAAAAAGAAAUCUGGCUAUCGCGGAGUUCCCAGCAAGUACAAAUCACUCAUUCAAUCAGACUAG